AUCUCUUCCCAUUCUUUUAGAGACGGAGCGGCUGCUGACCCCCAAUCCUGGGUAUGGGACCCAGGUAGGGACUUCAGCUACCCCAACAACCCCCCCAGAAGAGGAAGACCUCCGCCGCCGCCUCAAGUACUUCUUUAUGAGUCCAUGUGACAAGUUCCGGGCCAAAGGUCGCAAGCCCUGCAAGCUGAUGCUGCAGGUGGUCAAGAUCCUGGUGGUCACUGUGCAGCUCAUUCUCUUCGGGCUCAGCAACCAGCUGGUGGUAACAUUCCGGGAAGAAAACACCAUUGCCUUCCGCCAUCUCUUCUUGCUGGGCUACUCUGAUGGGGCUGAUGACACCUUUGCUGCCUAUACACAGGAGCAGCUCUACCAAGCCAUCUUCUAUGCUGUGGACCAGUACCUGAUACUGCCUGAGGUGUCCCUGGGCCGGUAUGCCUACGUCCGCGGUGGGGGAGGCCCUUGGGCCAAUGGCUCGGCUCUGGCUCUCUGCCAGCGCUACUACCACCGUGGACAUGUGGACCCAGCCAAUGAUACCUUUGACAUUGACCCAAGGGUAGUCACUGAUUGCAUCCAGGUGGAUCCUCCUGACAGACCCCCCGACAUCCCCAGUGAGGACUUGGAUCUCUCGGAUGGCAGCACCAGUUACAAGAACCUCACGUUGAAAUUCCACAAGCUGAUCAACGUCACCAUCCACUUCCAGCUGAAGACAAUUAACCUGCAGAGCCUCAUCAACAAUGAGAUCCCAGACUGCUACACCUUCAGCAUCCUGAUCACAUUUGACAAUAAAGCGCACAGUGGACGGAUCCCCAUCCGCCUAGAGACCCAGACCCGCAUCCAGGAGUGUAAACACCCCAGUGUCUCCACACAUGGAGACAACAGCUUCCGGCUUCUGUUUGAUGUGGUGGUCAUCCUCACCUGCUCCCUGUCUUUCUUGCUGUGUGCCCGCUCGCUGCUCCGUGGUUUCCUGCUCCAGAACGAGUUUGUUGCAUUCAUGUGGCGCCGGCGGGGUCGGGAGAUCAGCCUAUGGGAACGGCUGGAGUUCGUCAAUGGCUGGUACAUCCUCUUGGUCACUAGUGACAUACUUACCAUCUCGGGGACUGUCAUGAAGAUUGGCAUCGAGGCAAAGAACCUAGCCAGCUAUGACGUCUGCAGCAUCCUCCUGGGCACCUCCACACUGCUCGUCUGGGUUGGUGUCAUCCGAUACCUGACAUUUUUCCACAAGUACAAUAUCCUGAUUGCCACGCUGCGCGUGGCACUGCCCAGCGUCAUGCGUUUCUGUUGUUGUGUGGCUGUCAUCUACCUGGGCUAUUGCUUCUGUGGCUGGAUCGUGCUGGGGCCCUACCAUGUGAAGUUCCGCUCGCUGUCCAUGGUUUCCGAGUGUCUCUUUUCACUCAUCAACGGGGAUGACAUGUUUGUGACGUUCGCUGCCAUGCAGGCCCAGCAGGGUCACAGUAGCCUGGUGUGGCUUUUCUCCCAGCUCUACCUCUACUCCUUCAUCAGCCUCUUCAUCUACAUGGUGCUGAGUCUCUUCAUUGCACUCAUCACUGGCGCCUACGACACCAUCAAGCACCCAGGAGGUACUGGCACAGAGAAGAGUGAACUCCAGGCCUACAUUGAGCAGUGCCAAGACAGUCCCACAUCUGGCAAGUUUCGUCGUGGAAGUGGCUCGGCUUGCAGCCUUCUCUGCUGCUGUGGAAGGCUCUCCCCGGAAGACCAGUCGCUGCUGGUGAACUGAUUCCAAGAUGAUUGUCACUAGACUUUAUCCUCUGUCCUGCUGGGACCCCAGCUUAUUUAUUUUUAGACUUUGCUUUUAAAGAGCUGCUUCUGACAGGCCUUGUGAGGGCGUAGGCUGGUCAACUCGGACACUGGGGAAGGGAGGGCAUGUCGGGUGGCUGUUAAAUAAAAGGGAACCUAAAUGCGGUGGUCUAAUUUGUAGCGGGAGAGGUAGACCUUUCACAAGUUGUCAGCUCCUUUAAGAGGCCGCCACACUUGGCGUGGCUGGCGCAGUGCGACCUUCCAAGCAUGGCGGGAGGCGGGGCUGAGGCUGGGGCGUGCCCUGCAGCGGAAUAAUUUAAAGGUGCUGCGUCUAAGGCAGCGGACAGAAAACUAGGGGUGUUGACCAACGCUGGGUGGACACUGGUUGCCACUCCUGGAUGAUCCGAGUUUCCAUCGACCGAGCAAGGGUGUCCCUUCGAGGACCGUUAGCGAACUUCAGCUUUGCCCCUGUUCGAUUUGUCCUGAUUCCGGCAGCACCCCUUCUAGCCGCUGUCUCCCCAAUCCUGUCGAAUGGAGAUGUCACUCAGGCCAAAGGUAUCUGGGGGCGUGGCUUGUGAGAAGAACCGGGGGAAGAGCCUGUGGUCC